GAGGUCGCGCCGUGAAUGACCUUUCUGAGCCCAGGAUUUAAAGUGCCCCUAAAGCAUCGUCCUCUAUUAGUAGUUUUUAAGAAAAGAGAAAUACUCGUUUAAUGGCAUUUAAGGCAUCUAUUUGUAAGGCAAAGGUGUGCAUGAAACUAUGGAUGAUACAAGCACUUUAAUUGAUGUUAAAGAGUACCCCGAUACCGAGGUACAGAAAAACCGAGUACUAACUCUGGAAGAAUGGCGAGAAAAGUGGGUGGACGGCAAAAUUGGAUUUCAUCAAGAACAAGGACAUCAAUUAUUAAAGAAACAUUUGGAUACUUUCCUUAAAGGCGAGAAUGUUCUGAGAGUAUUUUUUCCUCUUUGUGGAAAAGCAGUUGAGAUGAAAUGGUUUGCGGACCGAGGACACUGUGUAGUGGGUGUGGAAAUCAGUGAGCUUGGGAUUCGGGAAUUUUUUACAGAGCAGAAUCUUUCUUACUCAGAAGAGCCCAUCAUGGAAAUUCCUGGAGCCAAAGUAUUCAAGAGUUCUUCAGGGAACAUUUCACUGUACUGUUGCAACCUUUUUGAUCUUCCCAGAGUGAACAUUGGCAAAUUCGACAGGAUCUGGGAUAGAGGAGCAUUAGUUGCUGUUAACCCAGGCGAUCGUCAAUGCUAUACAGAUAUAAUGCUGUCCCUAACGAGGAAAGGGUUUCGCUACCUCUUGGCUGUUCUUUCUUAUGAUCCCACUAAACAUCCAGGCCCACCGUUUUAUGUUCCAGAUGCUGAAAUUAAAAACUUGUUUGGUUCAACAUGCAACAUUCAUUGCCUUGAGAAGGUUGAUGUUUUUGAAGAACGACAUAAAAGUUGGGGAAUUGACUACAUUGUUGAAAAGUUGUAUCUACUUACGGAAAAGUAAAUGAGACCAGUAAAAACAAGUAAUAUCAA